AUGGGCCGCACGACCGCCGCCGACAAGAAGAAGAUGCUGCUCAAGAUCUACCACACGAAGAAGGAGCCCUUCAACCUCAAGGAGCUGACGAAGCUGGCCAAGGCCGCCGGCCUCGCGGAGAAGCUCGUCCAGGACGUGAACACGCAGCUCAUGGACGACAACUACGUGUCGAGCGACAAGAUCGGCACGGGCAACUACUUCUGGGCCUUCCCCGGGUCGCAAGGUGCUCAAGCGAAGAAGCAGCUCGACGAGGUCCGUUGCCGCGUCGAUGGCGUCAUUCUCGCGUUGCUGGCGUCGCGUCGACGGCGUCGAGGGGUCCCAUCACGCCAUCGAAGCGAACAGUCGCCGCGAGUCUCGUGA